ACCAGAAAUGUUGAAAUUGGACUUGCGUUAUUUUAAAAUUUUACUCUGUUUACUUUUCAUGUUAUGCUCUGUUAUGGCAAAGGAAAACAUCGAGAAGGACAAGAAAUGCUGUAAAACGAAACCUGGAUACGUAAACAUUAAGACGGGAGAGUCAAAAGACAUCCAAACGAUGGAGAUAAGCGUUGACGGCAGAGCAGAAAAUAUGGAAAUGAAGAAGAAGAAGCUUCCGUUGCUAAGCAAACCACCCUCUGAAAAGAAUAAGGACGUGUCAAUGUAUGUAUCAUCAGACGGAUCAAUGGCUUGUAUGAAAGAAUGCAAACGUAAAUCGACGGAAUGCAAAGCACAAUGCCUACAGAAAAACAACAAAGGGUACACGUAUGUGAGUGAAGACAACGCGAUGGAUAUAGAACCCAAUGAUAAGCUUAUUAUGGACUUUGCAGACAUAAACAGGAGUUAUCGAGAUAGGAUAGAUGCACUCAAAAGGCAAGCAAACAGAAACCAACGAGAAAGAAGAGAAACCGAAAUGCCGAACCUGGUUGUACCCAACCUCAAUAAUGAUACAGCCACACUCAAAAUAAAACUUGUCAUAGAUGAUUCCGUUAUGGACAUUUUUCAGGAUUUUGUUGGAGGGAACGCCACAAAGGCCCAAUAUGAAGCUGAGAACUUUUUUACAUUGGCAAUGAACACUGUGGCGAUGUAUUUCCCUAGUGUGAGCGAAUGGGGAUUUUCAUUUAAAACAUUUGAUGAUGUCACAAAACCAGUUGACCUUGCUGUCUGGCUCCAUAGCAUUGACUUUCCGUCUAUGGAAAACAACGAAUUUGAUUCAAUUGAUCCAAUCAAGAACAGUAACGAGAAUGAAACUCUGAUUUCAAGAUUGUAUUUUGAUGAAAAUGGAAAUUAUUUAGGUGACACUGGCCUGUGGGUUGAAUUUGCACUUUACAUGCGACAGGAGUGCAAUGGAUCGACCAGUUUUAACCAUUUGCAAGUAAUUACAGGGUAAGAAUUUGGU